AUGAGCAUCUCGAAUAGCGUCAGGGCGGUGUCGGUGUCCGGCAAUCCUCGAGAGUACGAGGACGUGCACGUCCAUGCCGUCUACGACGAAAUCGCCAGCCAUUUCUCUUCGACACGGUACAAGCCGUGGCCCAUAAUAGCUGAAUUCCUUUCGAGCCUUCCCACUGGGUGGGUCGGAUUAGACUCGGGUGCAGGAAACGGGAAGUACCUUCCCCUGCCUUAUGACCGACCAGGACAGCUGUGGACGAUCGGACUGGACAGGAGUAGGAACCUUCUACGUAUAGCUCAAGGAGCUGGGGGGGAACUCAGGGAAGUGGUAUGGGGAGACGUGCUUGACGUUCCCUGGAGACAUGGAGCGUUCGACUACGCAAUUUCGAUAGCAACAAUCCAUCACCUAUCUACGUCUGCGCGUCGCAGGGACGCGGUAAAGAGCCUCCUGCACUCCAUUUCCCCUGAUCAUGGAAGAGCCUUGAUCUAUGUCUGGGCAGUUGAACAAGACAGCAAAUCAAAGCGCGUCAUCCCAUCCGCACAGCCGGAGGAUCAGUCGUCCACAGAGCCGCAAGGUGUGGACGUCUUCGUGCCAUGGGUACUUUCGGAUCGUACGGCUGCACCGGAAGAAAAGCGACCUGCAGGGCAGCACGAGGCAGCACGCUCGGAAGAUGAGCUGAAGCCCAAGGCCAAGGUGUACGAUCGAUUUUACCAUAUGUUUGCGAAGGGCGAGUUGGAGCAACUUGCGACGGACGCUGCACAGGCUAUGGGAUUGUACGUGGGUCCCAGGGAUACAGACAGCAUGGCCAUGGAAGGAAUGAGUGGCGUGGAGGUAUGCCAAAGUGGUUGGGAAAGAUCAAAUUACUACGUCGAGCUGCGACGGUGGCGGACUUAG